AUGGAAAAGCUGAGCCGGCCGUCAAGCUACAGGAGGAUCGUCGUCUGCGUGGACGGCACUUGGUUCAACGAGGAUGGACGUGAAGGCCAUGGCCAUGGCAAUAAUAGCAACGUGUUCCGUAUCUACGCCUCCGUUAAGAUUGGAAAGACGACAGAUGGAGAUGGAAAUGAGGUUGAGCAGAUUGCGAAGUAUUUCCCCGGAAUCGGCACCAACAAGAUGCCGCUGAAUAGAUUCAACGACGGAAUGACUGGGAAAGGUUGCGAAGAGCAGAUCCAAGAGGUAUAUGCAACAAUGUAA